AUAUAAGUAAAUUUCCAAAAUAACAAAGAAUUCUCAGGAAAAAUUGUGUACUUGUUUGUUCUUCACCUCUGAAAGUUCAACUUUUGGGAGAGAGAAAAGAUGUUCGGAAGAGCACCAAAGAAGAGUGAUAACACCAGGUAUUAUGAGAUCUUAGGUGUACCAAAAGAUGCAUCUCCUGAAGAUUUGAAGAGGGCUUAUAAAAAAGCCGCCAUUAAAAAUCAUCCUGAUAAGGGUGGUGAUCCCGAGAAGUUUAAAGAGCUAGCUCAUGCAUAUGAGGUCCUCAGUGAUCCUGAAAAGCGUGAGAUCUAUGACCAAUAUGGUGAGGAUGCACUUAAGGAAGGAAUGGGUGGAGGUGGCGGCAUGCACGAUCCUUUCGACAUCUUCCAGUCCUUCUUUGGAGGAAGUCCAUUUGGUGGUGGUGGUAGUAGCCGAGGAAGAAGGCAAAGGCGGGGAGAGGAUGUAGUUCAUCCUCUGAAGGUAUCCCUUGAAGAUCUCUUUACUGGUACAGCAAAGAAGCUCUCCCUCUCUCGCAAUGUAAUAUGUUCAAAGUGUACUGGCAAAGGAUCAAAAUCUGGAGCUUCCAUGAAGUGUUCCGGAUGUCAAGGUACCGGUAUGAAGGUGUCUAUCAGACAUCUGGGCCCCUCAAUGAUCCAGCAGAUGCAGCACCCGUGUAAUGAAUGCAAAGGAACUGGAGAGACAAUCAAUGACAAAGAUCGGUGCCCUCAGUGCAAAGGUGAGAAGGUUGUGCAGGAGAAGAAGGUCUUAGAGGUUGUUGUGGAGAAGGGCAUGCAACAUGGACAGAAAAUUACUUUCCCUGGAGAGGCUGAUGAAGCUCCUGAUACUGUCACUGGAGAUAUUGUCUUUGUCCUGCAGCAGAAAGAGCAUCCUAAGUUCAAGAGAAAGGGCGAAGAUCUCUUUUAUGAGCAUACUCUGAGCCUGACUGAAGCUCUUUGUGGCUUUAGAUUUGUGCUGACCCACCUUGAUGGAAGGCAACUUCUUAUCAAAUCAAAUCCGGGAGAAGUUAUCAAGCCUGAUCAAUUCAAGGCAAUUGAUGAUGAGGGUAUGCCAAUUUACCAGAGGCCAUUCAUGAAGGGCAAGAUGUACAUCCAUUUCACAGUGGAGUUCCCCGAUUCUUUGAACCCUGAUCAGGUUAAAGCGUUGGAAGCGAUCCUUCCGCCUAAGCCAUCAAUGGCACUCACAGACAUGGAGUUGGAUGAAUGUGAAGAGACAACAUUGCACAAUGUCAACAUUGAAGAAGAAAUGAAAAGGAAGCAAACCCAGGCACAGCAGGAGGCAUAUGAUGAAGAUGACGAGCCUGCUGGGGCUCAGAGGGUCCAGUGUGCUCAACAGUGAUUUUAUUGAUCUAAUAGCUACAAUCAUAUGACUUGUCUUUGAAUUUAGUGUUUGUGCUCGGAAAACUUAUGUCCUUGCCUUAUUGCUAUCCAUAGUUCUCCUAUUUGUGGCAAUUUUGAGUUUAUUGCUGGGUGUACUGUAGUUACUGCAUAGGAGUUAUAGAAUAUGUAUCGGUAACAGUCAGUUAGUAAACUAUAAAGAAAUUAAAGUUAAUCUUUCAAUUUGAAA